UCUCUCUCAUUCCACCAUUUUCAGCAACCCACCGAAACGCCUCCUUUAACCCUUUCUCUCCCUCCCUCGAAAAUAUAAUUAACAUUUUCAUCUCUUAAAAGGAAAAGAAAAUGAGGAGGAAGAGAAAUUCAGUAGUGAACUAUGUGUUUGGAUGGAUAAGGAAGCAGUCGAUGAAGGUGAAGAUCUUCUUUGCAGCAACGUCUUUGCUGUUUUCUUUGGUGGCAUUGAAGCUUCUGGUGAAGGAUCACAGCCAAUUUUUAAUUGCCUCUGAACUCAUCCACAUUGCUGGGAUUGUGGUUUUGGUUUAUAAGCUUACUACCAAGAAGACAUGUUCUGGCCUUUCAUUGAAAUCUCAAGAACUGACAGCAAUAUUCUUAGCUGUAAGACUUGUCUGCAGCUUCAUGUUGGAAGGUGACAUUCAUACGUUGCUGGAUUUUGCCACCCUCAUUUUUACAACAUGCCUUAUAUUUAUGAUUCGAUACAAGUUGAAGUCAAGCUAUAUCAAGGAGCUAGAUAACUUUCCCAUCUACUAUACGGUGGUGCCUUCUGCUGUCCUUGCUGUGUUAAUCCACCCAUAUAAUUCACAUAUAUACAUCAGUCAAGUUCUUUGGGCCUUCUGUGUUUAUUUGGAAGCAGUUUCAGUGCUGCCACAGCUUCGUAUGAUGCAGAAUGCAAAGAUGAUUGAAGCAUUCACAGCCCAUUAUGUAUUUGCACUGGGUGUUGCUAGAUUCCUCGCCUGCGCUCAUUGGAUUAUCCAGGUUUAUGAGACUGGGGGGAGGUAUCUUUUUCUGGUUGGAGCUGGGUACUUUUGGUUCCCCAUGGUUAUCAUUGCAGAAAUUGUUCAAACAUUCAUAUUGGCAGACUUUUGUUACUAUUACAUUAAGAGUGUCAUGCAGGGCCAACUAAUAAUUAGGAUGCCAGUUUAGAAAUUUUGAAAUUAAUUUAGACAGUAAUAAUGAGGGCAAAUAUUCGGAGGAGGAGGAUGAUGAAAUUAAAAUCUGCAUCUACAUGUCUUUUUUAAAACCUCUUAACCAUUAAGUUAAGAGGUGAAAGACAAUGUACUAGUAACUAUU